AAGUAUUUGAUACAUCAGAAAAGCAGAACUUAAUAUUUGGUACAGAAACCUUUGUUUGCAAUUACAGAGAUCAUACAUGUCCUGUAGGUCUUGACCAGGUUUGCACACACUACAGCAGGGAUUUUGGCCCACUCCUCCAUACCUUCUCUAGAUCCUUCAGGUUUCAGGGCUGUCGCUGGGCAAUACGGACUUUCAGCUCCCUCCAAAGAUGUUCUAUUGGGUUCAGGUCUGGAGACUGGCUAGGCCACUCCAGGACCUUGAGAUGCUUCUUACGGAGCCACUCCUUAGUUGCCCUGGCUGUGUGUUUCGGGUCGUUGUCAUGCUGAAAGACCCAGCCACGACCCAUCUUCAAUGCUCUUACUGAGGGAAGGAGGUUGUUGGCCAAGAUCUCGCGAUACAUGGCCCCAUCCAUCCUCCCCUCAAUACGGUGCAGUCGUCCUGUCCCCUUUGCAGAAAAGCAUCCCCAAAGAAUGAUGUUUCCACCUCCAUGCUUCACGGUGGAAUGGUGUUCUUGGGGUUGUACUCAUCCUUCUUCUUCCUACAAACAUGGCAAGUGGAGUUUAGACCAAAAAGCUCUAUUUUUGUCUCAUCAGACCACAUGACCUUCUCCCAUUCCUCCUCUGGAUCAUCCAGAUGGUCAUUGGCAAACUUCAGACGGGCCUGGACAUGCGCUGGUUUGAGCAGAGGGACCUUGCGUGCGCUGCAGGAUUUUAAUCCAUGACGGCGUAGUGUGUUACUAAUGGUUUUCUUUGAGACUGUGGUCCCAGCUCUCUUCAGGUCAUUGACCAGGUCCUGCCGUGUAGUUCAGGGCUGAUCCCUCACCUUCCUCAUGAUCAUUGAUGCCCCACGAGGUGAGAUCUUGCAUGGAGCCCCAGACCGAGGGUGAUUGACCGUCAUCUUGAACUUCUUCCAUUUUCUAAUAAUUGCGCCAACAGUUGUUGCCUUCUCACCAAGCUACUUGCCUAUUGUCCUGUUGCCCAUCCCAGCCUUGUGCAGGUCUACAAUUUUAUCCCUGAUGUCCUUACACAGCUCUCUGGUCUUGGCCAGGUUGGAGUCUGUUUGAUUGAGUGUUUGGACAGGUGUCUUUUAUACAGGUAACGAGUUCAAACAGGUGCAGUUAAUACAGGUAAUGAGUGGAGAACAUGAGGGCUUCUUAAAGAAAAACUAACAGGUCUGUGAGAGCCGGAAUUCUUACUGGUUGGUAGGUGAUCAAAUACUUAUGUCAUGCAAUAAAAUGCAAAUGAAUUACUGAAAAAUCAUACAAUUUGAUUUUCUGGAUUUUUGAUUUAGAUUCCGUCUCUCACAGUUGAAGUGUACCUAUGAUAAAAAUUACAGACCUCUACAUGCUUUGUAAGUAGGAAAACCUGCAAAAUUGGCAGUGUAUCAAAUACUUGUUCUCCCCACUGUAUAUGUAUGUAUAUGUGAGAGAAAAAAAUUAAAAAAACAUAUUGGAAGUGAUGCAGACAAUUACAUUGAUGGAAGUUACAAUCUAUCUGCAAUAUUAAAGCUGAUCUACCCCCUAGAAAAAAAUUAUAAUAAUAAUAAUAAUAAGAUUAUAAGCGUUCAUAUUACAUGCUUAUAACAGCCAUAACAUGAACAAAGAAAGUCCACUAAGGCAAUUUUUAUAUGUAUCUUUUAUAUGUAAAACACCUACCAGAAAAUGUUGGAUAGUGAGUUGAUGUCUUUCUGUUUGAAGAUAUGAAAUCCAGGAAGGCCUGGAGAGACUGAGAGAGGUGAAGCCAGCAGGGGAAACCUACAUGCAUGAAGGGAUUAAAGAGGUACAGUAUGUGUAACACGUUGGAUAGUCCCCAAUAGAUACUUUACAGAUGUUCAACUAACUAUCCACUAACAUUUUACAUUUUAGUCAUUUAGCAGACGCUCUUAUCCAGAGCGACUUACAGUUAGUGGGAGCAUACUUUUUUUUUUUUUUUCAUACUGGUCCCCCAUGGGAAUCGAACCCACAACCCUGGCGUUGCAAGCGCCAUGCUCUACCAACUGAGCUAACCCUAAACCUAACCCUAAAGCUAACCCUAAACCUAACCCUAAAGCUAACCCUAAAGCUAACCCUAAAGCUAACCCUAAAGCUAACCCUAAACCUAACCCUAAAGCUAACCCUAAAGCUAACCCUAAACCUAACCCUAAACCUAACCCUAAACCUAACCCUAAAGCUAACCCUAAAGGUAACCCUAAAGCUAACCCUAAAGCUAACCCUAAACCUAGUCUGACAUUGACCCUAUCUGUGCUAGCCUAAUAGCUAGGCCUUGCUGUGUUUUUAUCUGUUUGGCUGUUUAGAUAGGGAGAAAUUCAAAAGCUUUCCAUGCUGGAAAUACUCCAGGUGAACUAACUAAUACAUUCUGACUCCUCUAUAACAGUUAGCUUUGCAUUUAUUAUAUGUCUCCUUCUGUAGACAUAUCUGGUGUAUUGGGUUGGGGUCACUGUCAUUUCAAUUAUAGUCAACUCAGCCAGGAAGUAAACUGAAAAAUGUAAUUCCAAUUCUAAUUUUCCUAAUUGGAAAGCAUGAAGGAAAAUUGUAAUUGGAGUUGGAAUUUCAGUUAACUUCCUGGCUGAGUUGACUGAAUUAUAGACCUAAUGGAACUGACACCGACUCUACUGUAUAUUGUUAUUCACUAAUAAUCUCAUAUCUCUGUUUACUCCUCCAUUCCCACCUCUUGUGUUUGAACCAAAAGGCAAACGAUCAAAUCAAAGCCCAAGCGACCAAGUCCUCCAGCAUCAUUGUGGCUUUGACGGACGGAAAGCUGGCGGUCUAUGUACAGCAUCUAACAGUUGAAGCGGUGAGCUUGAUUUCAUCCAAACUGAACUAUUCAUGUUUACAAGUUUACAGUUUACAGGGGUGGUUUCUCAGACACAGAUUUAGCCUAGUCUUGACUAAAAAGUAUGCUCAAUGGAACAUUUCUAUAUAUAUAUAUUUUUUUUAAAGCUUGAAGUUCAUGAGUAGGCUUAAUCUGGGUCCAAGAAUUCUGAGCCUUAAAUGUCCAAUGCAAAGUGUUACUUGUUGGUUCAAAGUUAAAGUUAUUCCGUUUUUUUUUCUCUAAUGCAGGCCAAUGAAGCAAGGUACUACGGUGCUCGGGUGUACUGUGUCGGUAUCAAGGACUUUGACGAGCAACAGUUAGCCGAGGUUGCUGACACCAAAGAUCAAGUGUUCCCUGUUAAAGAUGGCUUCCAUGCACUCAAAGGCAUCGUCAAUUCAGUAAGACAUGUUCAUUCAUUCACUAUUUUACUGUAAAUAAAUGUGCAGUAGGGGUCGAGAUUUCAAGUCACUUCAUUGCAACCUUCUUGUGGAAAAAAAAAAAAAACUUCUGUUUGGAGAGGCAGACCUUCCCAUUUAGGUACAUGGAAAGAGCCUAGGUACAUGGAAAGAGCCUAUGGAAAUAACUGCAGUGUAGGUAGGGAAGUCUGUGUUUUACCACACACAGUAACAGAACCCACAGGAGAACCCACAGGAGAACCCACAGGAGAACCCACAGGAGAACAGCACUGAGGAACAGCCUGAUAGUUAGUCAUUGGCAGUGUUGGGGAAGCUACUCUGAAAAUAUAGUUUACCAACCUACCAAUUAAUUUGCACUGGAAGAAGUUAAGCUACACUAAGAAAAACUACCAUUAAGAAAAAUAGAUUUGACUUAACUAAAGUUACUUUGAAAAAGUCCAAACUACAUCCAAACUACUUCGUGAAAAAUUAUCAUAUGUAAAUCUGAAGUCAUGGACUACAAAUUGCAAGAACAUGUCACUUUGGGAUCAUAUGUUAACAGCCAAUUAAACAAAACAAAAAAAAGUUCAAGUGAGAAUUAGCCUGGUCUGAUUCCGAAAUAGAAUUGAAGUUAUUUUCUACUAAACACAUAUUUUAUUUUAUUUUUGCAAAGAGAGUAGUGUGUAGUUCCAGUAGUUAGCUACACCGCUACAUGGUAAAACAGUAGUGUGUAGUUCCAGUAGUUAGCUACACCGCUACAUGGUAAAACAGUAGUGUGUAGUUCUAGUAGUUAGCGACACCGCUACAUGGUAAAACAGUAGUGUGUAGUUCCAGUAGUUAGCUACACCGCUACAUGGUAAAACAAUAGUGUGUAGUUCCAGUAGUUAGCUACACCGCUACAUGGUAAAAACAGUAGUGGUAGUUCCCGUAGUUAGCUACACCGCUACAUGGUAAAACAGUAGUGUGUAGUUCCAGUAGUUAGCGACACCGUACAUGGUAAAACAGUAGUUGUGUAGUUACAGUAGUUAGCUACACCGCUACAUGGUUAAAACAAUAGUGUGUAGUUCCAGUAGUUGCUACACCGCUACAUGGUAAACAGUAGUGUGUAGUUCCAGUAGUUAGCUACACCGCUACAUGGUAAAACAGUAGUGUGUAGUUCCAGUAGUUAGCUACACCGCUACAUGACAAAACAUUUAUUAACUACUGGAAACACUGCCAGGAUUUGAAUUUAGUUGAACUACCACCAAGCUACUGCAAAAUGUAGUUACAUUACUAACUGAACUGCAGGGUUUGACCAAAAUCGAAAAGCAACACUCAACCCCUCAUUGCUACAAAGCUCCAAAGCUGCAAAGUGUUGACCAGCUGAAAUUACUGUUUGGGUUCCAAAGAAAACACAGAGAGAAACACAGAGAGAGAAACAGAGCAUUUUUCAGUGAUUAGUAAUCUUGGAUGCUGCUGGACAUUGCUGGCCUUGUAAGUUCUCACUUGGAUUUCUAUGAUUUGAAAUCAUCUGUGCAGCUUUCAACUUCCUGGGACCAGGAAGAUCUCCACGUCUGCUGUGACUUCAUGACAAAUGUUACAGAAAUUUGCCGGAAGUGAGAGAAGUCAGAGCAAGUUCAGAUUGUUUUGAUUGUUUUGAUUUGAGUGUUUUUGUUGACUAGUUACAGUUUUGAAAAAAACGACUAUUAGUGACUUCAUAUUCUAAUUAAGGAUAUGAAGUAUUAUGCAACACUGUUGUGGUCAUAUUCUGUUAUGCAGAAGCAGACUGCGCUUCAUGUGUAGCAUGUAGCAGAGGAAGGUCCAAAAAACUGUCAAAGACUCCAGUCACCCAAGUCAUAGACUGUUCUCUCUGCUACCGCACGGCAAGCGGUACCGGAGCGCCAAGUCUAGGUCCAAAAGGCUCCUUAACAGCUUCUAUACCUAAGCUAUAAGACUGCUGAAUAAUUAAUAAAAUGGCCACCCGGACUAUUUGCAUUGACCCCCCCCCCCCCCCCACACCUUUGUUUUUACGCUGCUGCUACUCGCUGUUUAUUAUCUAUGCAUAGUCACUUUACCCCUACCUACAUGUAGAAAUUACCUCGACUAACCUGUACCCCUGAACAUUGACUUGGUACCGGUACCCCCUGUAUAUAGCCUCGUUAUUGUUAUGUAAUUUUAUUGUGUUACUUUUUAUGUUAUUUUUUACUUUAGUUUAUAUAGUAAAUAUUUUCUUAACUCUAUUUCUUGAACUGCCUUUUUAUAUGAUAAUGUCAGCUGUAUGACAGUGGGCUCAGAUAGAUGUCGGCUCUGGAUUUUUAAUAGAACGGAGGAAUGUAAUAGUCUUGCAUAAUUUCUCCAUAAAUGAUGGCACAGCUCCCACAUCUCUUCCACUCUCAACCCCACAUACAGUGGGGAAAAAAAGUAUUUAGUCAGCCACCAAUUGUGCAAGUUCUCCCACUUAAAAAGAUGAGAGAGGCCUGUAAUUUGCAUCAUAGGUACACGUCAACUAUGACAGACAAAAUGAGAGAAAAAAAAUCCAGAAAAUCACAUUGUAGCAUUUUUUAUGAAUUUAUUUGCAAAUUAUGGUGGAAAAUAAGUAUUUGGUCAAUAACAAAAGUUUCUCAAUACUUUGUUAUAUACCCUUUGUUGGCAAUGACACAGGUCAAACAUUUUCUGUAAGUCUUCACAAGGUUUUCACACACUGUUGCUGGUAUUUUGGCCCAUUCCUCCAUGCAGAUCUCCUCUAGAGCAGUGAUGUUUUGGGGCUGUCGCUGGGCAACACGGACUUUCAACUCCCUCCAAAGAUUUUCUAUGGGGUUGAGAUCUGGAGACUGGCUAGGCAACUCCAGGACCUUGAAAUACUUCUUACGAAGCCACUCCUUCGUUGCCCGGGCGGUGUGUUUGGGAUCAUUGUCAUGCUGAAAGACCCAGCCACGUUUCAUCUUCAAUGCCCUUGCUGAUGGAAGGAGGUUUUCACUCAAAAUCUCACGAUACAUGGCCCCAUUCAUUCUUUCCUUUACACGGAUCAGUCAUCCUGGUCCCUUUGCAGAAAAACAGCCCCAAAGCAUGAUGUUUCCACCCCCAUGCUUCACAGUAGGUAUGGUGUUCUUUGGAUGCAACUCAGCAUUCUUUGUCCUCCAAACACGACAAGUUGAGUUUUUAACCAAAAAGUUAUAUUUUGGUUUCAUCUGACCAUAUGACAUUCUCCCAAUCCUCUUCUGGAUCAUCCAAAUGCACUCUAGCAAACUUCAGAUGGGCCUGGACAUGUACUGGCUUAAGCAGGGGGACACGUCUUGCACUGCAGGAUUUGAGUCCCUGGCAGCGUAGUGUGUUACUGAUGGUAGGCUUUGUUACUUUGGUCCCAGCUCUCUGCAGGUCAUUCACUAGGUCCCCCCCGUGUGGUUCUGGGAUUUUUGCUCACCGUUCUUGUGAUCAUUUUGACCCCACGGGGUGAGAUCUUGCAUGGAGCCCCAGAUCAAGGGAGAUUAUCAGUGGUCUUGUAUGUCUUCCAUUUCCUAAUAAUUGCUCCCACAGUUGAUUUCUUCAAACCAAGCUGCUUACCUAUUGCAGAUUCAGUCUUCCCAGCCUGGUGCAGGUCUACAAUUUUGUUUCUGGUGUCCUUUGACAGCUCUUUGGUCUUGGCCAUAGUGGAGUUUGGAGUGUGACUGUUUGAGGUUGUGGACAGGUGUCUUUUAUACUGAUAACAAGUUCAAACAGGUGCCAUUAAUACAGGUAACGAGUGGAGGACAGAGGAGCCUCUUAAAGAAGAAGUUACAGGUCUGUGAGAGCCAGAAAUGUUGCUUGUUUGUAGGUGACCAAAUACUUAUUUUCCACCAUAAUUUGCAAAUAAAUUCAUAAAAAAUCCUACAAUGUGAUUUUCUGGAUAUUCUUUUCUCAAUUUGUCUGUCAUAGUUGACGUGUACCUAUGAUGAAAACUACAGGCCUCUCUCAUCUUUUUAAGUGGGAGAACUUGCACAAUUGGUGGCUGAAUAAAUACUUUUUUUCACCACUGUAGCUUUCCCUCUCUCUCUCACUCCCCUUCUCUCCCCCGCAUAGCCCCCUCUCUCUCCCCUCUCUCUCCUACUCCUCCCUCCCAUGGGUCCCUCUCUCCCCCACUCAUCUUUGUCUCUCCCACUCCUCCCCCACUCCUCUCCCCCUCACUCCAUCUCUCCCCCACUCUUCUAAACUCUCUAAACUCUUGACUAAUGUCAUCAUAUCCAUUCCGUUUUGCAGAUAUUAAAGCAGUCCUGUACAGAGAUCCUGACAGUGGAGCCUUCCAGUGUCUGUGUGAACCGUAAGUGUUGUUGUUGUGUGUGGGAAUGUGAAGUGUUGCAUUGCAGUCACACCCAGCUCAGGGCCUGUAUUUAUGUUCCAUUGCUGGUCAUAAAGACUGCCGUCCUGUGUUUUUGUGACCUUAGUGUUGUCCAGUGUGUGUGUCCUUAGUGUUGUCCAGUGUGUGUGUCCUUAGUGUUGUCCAGUGUGUGUGUCCUUAGUGUUGUCCAGUGUGUGUGUCCUUAGUGUUGUCCAGUGUGUGUGUCCUUAGUGUUUGUCCAGUGUGUGUGUCCUUAGUGUUGUCCAGUGUGUGUGUCCUUAGUGUUGUCCAGUGUGUGUGUCCUUAAUGUUGUUUGUGUGUGUGUCCUUAGUGUUGUCCAGUGUUUGUCUUUGAGUGUUGUGUCUGCCUGUCUGUCUGUCUGUCUGUCUGUCUGUCUGUCUGUCUGUCUGUCUGUUUGUGUGUGUCUGUAUAUUUUUGUGUGUGUGUGUGUGUGUCUGUGUGCGUGUGUGUGUGUCUGUGUGUGUGCGUCUGUCUGUGUGUGUGCGUGUGUCUGUUUGUUUGUGUGUGUGUGUGUCUGCGUUGGGUGGUUGUGUCCUGUCUGUGUGUGGUGUCUUUCUGUGUGGUGUGUCUGUGGAUGUGUUUACCUAACUUUGGGGACGCAGUAUUCCCCUUUCCCCAUAUUUCCCCCCCCCCUUUUAUACUCCCCCUUUUACCCCCCUCUUUUUUUCCCCACAGUUUCAAAUUUUCCUAUUUUUCCUUUCCCCCUAUCCCCCUUUAUUUUUUUUUUAAAAUUUUUUAAAUUUAAUUUUUUUCCAUCCCCCCCCCCCCACCCCCCCCCCCACCCCCCCCCAAACUUCUCCUCUCCUCUCUACUUCCCCCCUUUCCCACUUUUCCCCCUUUUUUUCCCCCCAUUUUCCUCUCCUCCAAAACCCCUCCCCAAAUCCCUCUCCUCAUACUCCUCUCCUACUAUUCCCUUUCCCCCACUAUCUCCUCCCCAUUUUUCCUUUCCCCCUCCCUUCCCCACUCCCCUCCCCUUUUCUCCUCUCCCCUAUCCCCCCUUUUUCCUCUCCCCCUUCCCCUCCCUCUCUUUUCCUCCUUCCCUCUCCCCCCUUUUCCCUUUCCUCCCUCCUUCUCCUCCCCAAUUUCUCCCCCCUCCUUCCUCCUCUCCCCCCAUUUUCCCUCCUUUCCUCAUUUUCUUUCCCCUUUCUCCCCCUCAAAUUUUUCCUCACUUCUCCUUUUCCUUUUCCCUUCUCCCCUUCCCCUCACCCCCUCUUUUCUCUCCUUCCCCCCCCAACCUCCUUCCCCCCGGUUUUUCUCUCCUUUCCCCUCUUUCCCCCCCAACCCCCCCCCCCCCCCCCCCCCCCCCCCCCCCACCCCUUUUACCCCUUCACAUCCCCUUUUUCCCCCCCCUUUUUCUUCCUUUUUAAAAAUUUCCAUUAUUUUCCUCCCCUCCUCUCCCCUCUCCUCUUUCCUCUUAUCCCCUUCCCCCUUUCCCUCCUCUCCUCAUUUUCCCCCUCCCUCCUCCCACCGAAAUCCCUCUCCUCUUUUUUCUCCUCCCCUCUUCUCCUCCCCUCCCCUCCUUCUCCUCUCCCCCUCCCCUUUUCCUCCUCUUCCCUUCCCCUCCUCCCUUCCCUUUUCUCUCCUCUUUCCCUCUCCCCCCUCUCCCUCCUCUCCUCUCUCCCCUUUUCCCCUUCUCUUUUUCCCCUCCCUCUUCCCCCUCCCACCCCCCCCCCCCCCCCCCCCCCCUUUUUCUUUUCCUCCUCUCCUCUCCUUUUUCCCCCUUCCCCUUUUUUUUCCUUUCCUUUUCCCUUCCCGCCCUUUUUCUUCCCUCUCCCCUUUCCCUCCUCUUCUCCUCCCCCUUCUCCUCCCUCUUCCCCCUCCUCUCUCUUCCCCUCCUUCUCUUCCCUCUCCCCCUUUUCCCCUUCCCCUUUCCCCUUCUUCUUCCCCCCCUUCUCCUCCCCUUUUUUUCCCCUUUCUUCUCCUCCCUCUCCCCCCCUCUCCCCUCUCCUCUCUCCCUCCUCUCCCCCCUUUCUCCCCUUUUCCCCCUUCCUUCCCUCUCUCCCCUUCGCCUCCUCCUCUCCUCUCCCAUUCCCGUCUCCCCUUUCCCCCCUUUUCCUUUCCCCCCCCCCCCUUUUUUUUUUUUGGGGGGGUUUUUUUUUGUUUUUUUCCCCCCCCCCGGGGGGGGGGGGCCCCCCCCCCCCCCUUUUUUUAUUCCCCCCCCUUUUUUGUUUUUGGGGGGGGGCCCCGUUUUUUUUCCCCCCCCCCUUCCCCCCCCCCUUUUUUUUUUUUCCCCCCCCCCCCCUUUUCCCUUUUUUCCCCCCCCCCCUUUUUCCCCCCUUUUUUCCCCCCCCUGCCCUCUCUUCCCCCCCCUCUCUCCCCUUUUCCCUUUCCCCCUCCUCUCUCCCCCCUCUCCUCUCUCCCUCCCCUCCCCCUUUCCCCCCUCUCCCUCCCUUCUCUCCCCCCCUCCCCUUCUCCCCCCCUCUCCCUCCCUUCCCCCUUCUUCCCUUCCCCUCCCCCCUUCCCUCGCUCUCCCCUUCCUCUCCUUCCCCCUCCCCCUCUUCCCCUUCCCUUUCCCCUCCCCCUUUCCCCUUUCCCCCCCCCCUCUCCUCUUCCUUCCCCCUCCCUCCCUCAAAUCCUUUUUCCCCCCCCCCUCCUGCUCCUCUCCUUCCUCUGGUCCUCUCCUCUUUCCUCUCCUCUCCCCUCCUCUCACUCCCCUCCCCCCUCUCCUCUCCCCUUUCCCCCCGUCUCCCCCUUCCCCCCUUUCCCUUUCUUCUCUUUGCCCCAUCCUCUUGCCCCCCCCUUCCUCCCCCCCCUUUUCCCCCCUCCCCCUUUCCUCUCCCCCCUUUCUUCCCCCCCUUUCCCGUUCCUUUUUUCCCCCUUUCCCCCCCCCCCUCUUUCCCCUCUCGCUCCCCUCUCCCCUUCCCCCUCUCUUUCUCCUCUUCGCCCCUCUCUUCCCCUCUUCCUUUCCCUUCCCUUCCCCCUCCCCCUCUUCCCUUUUCCCUCUCCCUUCCCCCUUCCCCUUUCUCUCCUUCGGGGGUUCCUCUCCCCCCUCAUCUUUCCCCUCGUUCCCCCCCUUUUCCCUCUCUGGGAAACUUCCCCCAUCCCCCUCCCCGGGUCUGUCCUCCUUGGGCCUCAACCCUCCCCCUUUUUCUUCCCUUCCUCCUCUUUCCUCUCCCCCCUCUCCCCCCUCUCCUCCUUCCCCCUCCCCCUUCUUUCCUUCCUCCUCUUCCCCCCUUUCAUUCCCCCCCUCCCCUCUCCCUUUUCCCCCCCUCUCUUUCUUCCCCCCUCCCCUCUCCCCCCUGUUCCCCUUAAAUUUCCUUUUCCCCUUCCCGGGGCCCUCUUCUUCCCCUUUUUUUCCCCUUGCCCUCUCCCGGGUCCUCUUCCUCUCCCCUUCCUCUUCCUCCUUCCCUCCCUUCCCCUUCGUUCUCCCUCUUCUUUUCCCCCUCCUCUUCCCUGCCCUCUCCUCUCCUCCCUUCCCCCCUUCCUCUCCUCUUCCCCUCCCCAAAACCCCCCUCUCUUUCCCCCCUUCCCCCCCGCCCCCUUCCCCCGGGCCCCCCCUCCUCCUCCCCUUUUCCCCUUCCUUCUCUUCUCCUCUCCCCCUUGUUCCCUCUCCCCUCUGUCCCCUCCCUUCCUCCCCUCCCCCCUCAUCUCUCUCCUCUUUUUCCUCCCCUUUUUUUCCCCCUUUUCCCUUCUCCUCUUUCUCCCCCUCUGGAAAUUUGGGGUCCCCCCUCGGUCCUCCCCCCUCGAUCCUCCCCCUUCCUCGAUGUCUCCCCCUUCCCCCUCUCCUCUCCUCUCCCCCCUUUCCUCCUCCUCUCUCCCCCCUCUCUCCUUUCUCCUCUUUCCUCUCCCUUUUCCCCCUCCCCCCCUUUUCUCUCCUUUUUUUCUCUACCCCCUUUUCCCCCGGGGUCCUCUUCCCCUCUCCCCUCUUUUCCCCCUCUUUUCCCCUUCCUUCCCCUUUCUUCCCCUCUCUGGGCCCCGCCUUUUUUUCCUUCCCUCCCUUUUAUUUUUCUUCCCUUUUCCCUUUUUUUUUUCCUGAUGACAUGUCUGUCUAUUAUAUCUGAAAAAAUUGGGCCUGCCUGUGUGUGUGUGUAUUUGUGUGUGUGUGCGGUAGUGUACAGGGGGCUCAUUCAAGUCUCUUUUCCAGAUAGGAAGCCAAACAUUGUGCAGAACGAUUAUCUCCUGUGUCCUGCACCGGUGCUGUAUGAAGUCGGACAGUAAGUAGUCAAUAGGAAGGUGGUUCGAUAAAGUGUGUGUGUGUGUGUGUGUGUGUGUGUGUGUGUGUAUGUGACCCAUGAUUUGGCCAAAAACAGAUAGGCACUGCAGAGAUAAUAUAUAGGAAAGGAUAUUCCUCUCUCAUGUCAUAGGUUUAAUCCUCAACAACAACACUUGAUACUGAUGUUCUCUCUAAUCCAAUCUAAAAUAGUAUAAUUACAGUAGGAGUGGGAAAACUAUUUGGUCCUGAAGGUAUCGCAAGAAUCAACUCAGAAAGAUUAUUUGCGUUCCAUAAGAUUGAUAGAUUUAUAGAAAGUUGAUCUACUCACAAUCCGACAGUAACACCAUCUCCAAUAAUCCACUCAGAUAAUAAUCCAAACUGCUGGUGAUAACAUGUUUUUGUACCGUUGUCCUGUGGUAUUAAAGUUUCAAUGUAGAUUUACCUUAUUUUCUCCUUCAUUAUAGACCACACUGGACCAGGGCCCGUAUUCACAAAGCAUUUUAGAGAAGGAGUGCUAAUCUCAGAUCAGUUUUGCCUGUUAGAUCACGAUGUCCUGAUCCUAGAUCAGCACUCCUACUCUGAGGCUCUUUGUGAAUGCAUGCCCGAAGUCUGACAGAACCUGAAGUCCUCCUGCUGCUGUUUUCUGAAGAGGCUCGCUUAAUUAACUCUUGGCAUGGGCACGGUGACCCGUUAAGUAGUUAGCUGCUAGGCCUGGUACAGCGGGCUGGGUAAUGGGGUAAACACAUCUGUUUAUGGGGCUUUAAAGGGAUGUGCGACAGAUGCAGCGAUUCCCUUCUCCACACUCUCUCCGUGUAAAUAAUUCAGCUUGCUACUGUGACAAUCCCCUUUCCUGCCAUCCCUUCCCCCCCCCGGACCACCUGCAUCAUGGAAUCAUGGAACAUCUGAAAGUUCUGUCUCCGACUCCGUCCAUCUGUUUGCCUCUGCUUUGUCAGAAGCUCCAAUGUCACUGUUGAGUCGACGCUAGCCGGGGGCGAUCGGCUGGUUAGCACGCUAGCAGGGGGAAAAGCCGGUAGACAGUUGAAGAAGGACUAUAAAGUAUAGAUCUCUUUGUGUUCUCUGGUUUGGUCUAUAGCGUGUGUAAUGUGGUCCCUAUAGAUGGCUUUUCUGAAAGGGAAAUUUGUGUUGUGCAUAUAAGAGCAUUGGCAAUGCACAAUACACUUGUUGACGUGGCGGUGGCACAGUCCUCAUCUGUGGUGACAGCAGUGGCAUGGUUCAGCCCUGGAACACGGGCACCACCCCGUUAGCUUACCUCUCUGUGUGUUGGGGAUAACGGGGUUAAGUGGCAGUGCUCUUGCCCAGACGUGUCUCACCUGAUGUUCUCACAACAACAGUGCUCACCUGGUGUUCUCACAACAACGGUGCUCACCUGGUGUUCUCACAACAACGGUGGAGGUUAAAGCUAACUGAGAGACCUGGCUGACAGCUGGCGGACACCUGGCUGACUUCUGGCUGACUCCAGGCUGACACCUCUAACAGGCAGGACAGGACAGACGGCUAACGGCGCUAGCCUCGUCUAUAAUCUAACAGGACAAUCAGAGGGCUCCGUGGGCUGCCGACCGUGUCAGUUGUCCAAUUGGUACCAUUUAGUGUCAUAGCCAUAAACAUAUUUGGGUCCUUGAAAAGCACUAGAAACAUCCCCCCCCCCCUGCUAUUAUUGGGUGGAGCAUUGGGGUCUGUCUCCCUCUAGCAUUUACACCAGUUGCUGUAACAGGUAUUGUUUUCAAUGUAACAACUCUCUAGUUGACUCUUCCCUGUGCCCUGAAGGUAAAGAAUAAGAUGUGACUCCCCAAUGGAAAUACCACAAAGUGGAAGUAUGAUUCAAUACCUUUCAUCAAUGCAACAGAAAAAAAUCUGGAUUUUUAUGCAUCAACUGAUAUGCACAGCAAGUCAUGAGUAGCGAUCCAAAUAUUUAGCCGGUUUAAUAGUUCAGAGGAAACGGAUUGAAAAGGAGAAAUAGCAUGGUCAUAGUGUGGGUCUACAAAACCCCAAAAACAUUAAUACAGUGGGGAAAAAAAGUAUUUAGUCAGCCACCAAUUGUGCAUGUUCUCCCACUUAAAAAGAUGAGAGAGGCCUGUAAUUUUCAUCAUAGGUACACGUCAAUUAUGACAGACAAAUUGAGGAAAAAAAUAUAAAAUGCUGCGACUUACAGAAAUAAAAACAUGAACAUAUCACGUGAAAAUUAUAAAUGUUUUUGGACACGUGAAGUUUCAAAUGGAUUCAGACAUGUGGUUUCCCAAUAUUUCACGUGUGCUUUAGUAAGCAGUGGGAUUAGAACCCAGGUUUCCCACGGAGAAGCCAAUGUCUUUACCAUUAGAUCAAGUGAUUAGAACCCCGGUUUCCCACGGAGAAGCCAAUGUCUUUACCAUUAGAUCAAGAGGGCUGACAAUGUAUAUUUAUUAUCAUUUUCUCUCAAUCUCAGAAUAUUGACUGUUCAAUUAAAAAAAAAGUGCUGUCAAACGUUACAUUUAAUGGAGAUAAUCGCAGGAAUUGCUGUGAUUAAUCACGAUUAAUCGCAAAUUCAGAAUUUGAUCAAAUUUAGCUGUAAUUGAAGAUUUUCAUAUAUAUAUAUAUAUAUAUAUAUAUAUAUAUAUAUAUAUAUAUAUAUAUACACAGUGGGGAAAAAAAUUAUUUAGUCAGCCACCAAUUGUGCAAGUUCUCCCACUUAAAAAGAUGAGAGAGGCCUGUAAUUUUCAUCAUAGGUACACGUCAACUAUGACAGACAAAAUGAGGGAAAAAAAUCCAGAAAAUCAAAUUGUAGGAUUUUUUAUGAAUUUAUUUGCAAAUUAUGGUGGAAAAUAAGUAUUUGGUCAAUAACAAAAGUUUCUCAAUACUUUGUUAUAUACCCUUUGUUGGCAAUGACACAGGUCAAACGUUUUCUGUAAGUCUUCACACACUGUUGCUGGUAUUUUGGCCCAUUCCUCCAUGCAGAUCUCCUCUAGAGCAGUGAUGUUUUGGGGCUGUCGCUGGGCAACAUGGACUUUCAACUCCCUCCAAAGAUUUUCUAUGGGGUUGAGAUCUGGAGACUGGCUAGGCCACUCCAGGACCUUGAAAUGCUUCUUACGAAGCCACUCCUUCGUUGCCCGGGCGGUGUGUUUGGGAUCAUUGUCAUGAUGAAAGACCCAGCCACGUUUCAUCUUCAAUGCCCUUGCUGAUGGAAGGAGGUUUUCACUCAAAAUCUCACGAUACAUGGCCCCAUUAAUUCUUUCCUUUACACGGAUCAGUCAUCCUGGUCCAUUUGCAGAAAUACAGCCCCAAAGCAUGAUGUUUCCACCCCCAUGCUUCACAGUAGGUAUGGUGUUCUUUGGAUGCAACUCAGCAUUCUUUGUCCUCCAAACACGACGAGUUGAGUUUUUACCAAAAAGUUCUAUUUUGGUUUCAUCUCACCAUAUGACAUUCUCCCAAUCCUCUUCUGGAUCAUCCAAAUGCACUCUAGCAAACUUCAGACGGGCCUGGACAUGUACUGGCUUAAGCAGGGGGACACGUCUGGCACUGCAGUAUUUUAGUCCCUGGCGGCGUAGUGUGUUACUGAUGGUAGGCUUUGUUACUUUGGUCCCAGCUCUCUGCAGGUCAUUCACUAGGUCCCCCCGUGUGGUUCGGGAUAUUUGCUCACCGUUCUUGUGAUCAUUUUGACCCCACGGGGUGAGAUCUUGCGUGGAGCCCCAGAUCGAGGGAGAUUAUCAGUGGUCUUGUAUGUCUUCCAUUUCCUAAUAAUUGCUCCCACAGUUGAUUUCUUCAAACCAAGCUGCUUACCUAUUGCAGAUUCAGUCUUCCCAGCCUGGUGCAGGUCUACAAUUUUGUUUCUGGUGUCGUUUGACAGCUCUUUGGUCUUGGCCAUAGUGGAGUUUGGAGUGUGACUGUUUGAGGUUGUGGACAGGUGUCUUUUAUACUGAUAACAAGUUCAAACAGGUGCCAUUAAUACAGGUAACGAGUGGAGGACAGAGGAGCCUCUUAAAAAAUAAGUUACAGGUCUGUGAGAGCCAGAAAUCUUGCUUGUUUGUAGGUGACCAAAUACUUAUUUUCCACCAUAAUUUGCAAAUAAAUUCAUAAAAAAUCCUACAAUGUGAUUUUCUGGAUUUCUUUUUCUCAAUUUGUCUGUCAUAGUUGACGUGAAUUACAAGAAUAUUGACGUCUUGAUUUUUUCGAAAGUAACGGUUAGCAAAAUCAGGUAAAUUGAUAAACACACUUUAUUUUAAGCACACUUUCUUUAAAAUAGUCUAUUGACGCACCCAUGCGCCAAUGUAAUUAACAUAAAUAAAAAAGUCCUGAUCAAAAUCCGCCAGUUUAAGCUAGAGAUAUCUGUGUUUUGGGGUUGCGUCUCCACAUCUGCCUUCCGCAGACAUCCUGAAAAUAGGUAUUCUCACGGAAAUGUCUGUACCAUCCGAACCGUUUGGGCAACAAACUAAUAUGACCCCACUGUGGAAAGGGGAGAUUCUCACGAACACGAUGGUGUUCUUUGUUUUGUUCGUCUGAAGAUAUCCCGGUAUCGGUUAAAAAAAAUGAAUGGAAGUAUGGAGGUAAUUUUGUGCCAACAAAUAAAAGGAGUUAACCUCCAGUGUCAACUUGUUUUGACAUUGCAUCGUUUUAAGCUGCAUACUGAAGUAUUUUGGGUGUUUUCAGUGUAUUUUCAACGCUUUCAGACAAUGCGAUUAAUCAAGAUUUUAAAAAAAAAUUACUGCACCAAAAUUACAAAAAGUUUACUUGAUUUAACUGAUUAACUCUGACAGCCCUAAUUCAAAUCAUCUCUUUGUAGGAAAGUAUCUGUUUACAUUCAUUCCAAAAGCAAACACAUUCACACAUUUUCAAAUACUUUAAAAUCCCUUUUAGCCCUGUGUAUUAAAUGUGACUAAAAACCAAUGGACAGCUAACAAUAACAGAAGCUAAACAUAACUAGCUAGGACAAAAUGGAAGGCUAGUUAUUGCCUAUCAAUAACUUAGCCAGCUUUUAGCAAUUAGCAUGUGACCAUUAGAUACAAAUCUAAUAAAAAGUAACCAUCUAAAAUACAUAUCAUUAGCGUGGUUCAUAUGUACAUGUGUAAAUACACUCAAUGUGAGCCCUUGUUUGUAAAAAUAAAACCAUUUAAGAUCCAAAACAUUUAUAAUGGAAAUAAAAAAUAAUCCGAAAUGCCAUCUUGUUCUCAUCAACUUGCAUACAAAAGUGAGCUAGCUAGCUAGCUACUUAGCUUGGUUACACAUCUGUAAAUGGGACAAUCUCACUCGUUUUUCACUCGGUCCAAACAAUGAAAUUAUACAUCAAAAUGUCCAGAAAACUCUAGAUUUUGAAAACGUAACCAUGCGUACAAACUGGAAAACAGGAUAUAAAAAUAAGGAGACAGGGAGAGCUAGCUUCUCUGUUCUUUUCACUGGGCUUCUUCCAACGGUCACGGACUAAUGUACGAAGAAGAGAGGCGCACGCCUGCAGCAGUAACACUCUGAAUGCCUUUCCCUAGUGGUAGCGCUCAGUAUACAUGUAUAUCAAUGCAACCCCAUGAAGGACUACAAUAAUAAUGGAGUGGAUGGCUCAGAAAUAAUAAUAAAUAAAUAAAAUACGUUUCUAUGGAAUUUACAGUAACAUAUUGUACCUUAAUUUUUCACAUAUGAUUGUUUUUCACAUGUGAACUUGAAAUUCUACAUGUGCAAGUGAGAUUUACACGUGGAGUUUUCUUACAUGUGAAACUGCAAAUGCGAUUUUGACAUGAUAACUUGAAAUUCACAUGAGGUGAAAACAUGUUAUUCUUCUAACGUGAAAAGGUGGUGUUAGCAUGUGAAAACACGAUUUUCACAUGUCAAACUGCACAUUUCUAGUUUUUUUAUGUGCGGGGAGUGAUAGUUGAAGACAGGGCUCCAGCUGUUAAAUUGAGCCAGGGUUAUGUCUGAAUAGAUGGGAGAUGAGAGGGUUGAGUUGGGGUUAUGUCUGAAUAGAUGGGAGAUGAGAGGGGGAAUGGAAUGCCAGAGGUAGAAUGAGCAGGUGAUCACUCAGGGUUCACUCUAAGACCCUGUAAAGACUGACACACUUUCCCAGGGAAGACAUGGCUGACAUGGCAGACCUCUCCUUGUGUGACUGGAGAUCUCUAAACUGGAAUGUGGAGAAAGACCUGUGUUCAACUACUAUUUGAAAUCAUUGUAAGUCCUUUUUCUGGGCUUGAUUGAGCUUGCCUGUCUUAAUGGACCAAUAGAAUAGUCCCAAAACUGUAAACCCUACCCCAUUUGGCACUCCAGGUAGGCUACAGUAAACACUCAAAAUAUUUGAAAGAUUUCAAGUAGUAUUUGAACCCAGGUCUGGUCAUUGGAGAUCUCUGAGCUGGGAUGUGGAAAUGUCUCUUUCCCUCCACUCUAGUGGUCUCUGUGUCUAGCGGCUCCUGUCAGAGCGCCUCGUCGUUCGACGUGACGCUAAGCGCUAAUGAUGCGAUACAGCUGGACCAGCUGACACCGGAGUCGCUAAUGGCUUUCCAACUUUUCCUUAAAGAUGGAGAAAUUUAGGAGGGUGAAUUAUUCAGGGUUGAACAUAUCGCGAGGAGACCUGUCACUUAAGUUGUGGGAACGUCGCUCUGCAGAAGGACGUGUCACAGAUACAGCCCCUCCUAAAUGUAUUCCACAAUACGAGUCAAAGCUAAAGUCCCAGAUACAGCCCUUCCUAAAUGUAUUCCACAAUACCAGUCAAAGCCAAGUGGACAGAAACAAAAUCAUGAGGCGUAGUCAUUUUUAAAUGGACAUAAAUCCAUAAUGUAGGUAUUCAAUUUUUUUCUUUACAUCCAAUUGGUAGUUACAGUCUUGUCCCAUCGCUGCAACUCCAUACGGACUCGGAGAGGCGAAGGUCGAGAGCCAUGCGUCCUCCGAAACGCGAUCCUGCCAAGCCGCACUGCUCGCUAACCCAGAAGCCAGCCGCACCAAUGUGUCGGAGGAAACACCGUACAACUGCCGACCAAAGUCAGCGUGCAUGCGCCCCCGCCCCCCGCCAUGAGGAGUCACUAGAGUGCGAUGGGACAAGGGACAUCCCAGCCGGCCAAACCCUCCCCUAACCCAGGCGAUGCUGGGCCAAGUUUGCACUGGCUCAUGGGUCUCCCGGUCGUGGCCGGCUGCAACACAGCCUAGGAUCGAACCCCGGUCUAUAGUGAUGGCUCAAACACCGCAAUGCAGUGCCUUAGAUUUAUUCUAAUCCUCCAUGUCUCAUCUUUCAAAAUAGAUCGAGUCUUCAUUUACAGCGUUACUCAGACAAAACAAAACAUUUGCAAAAGUUGACCAAUCAGCAGGAGGGAUGGGGGGCAACGUCUUGUCGCGUGAGGUGCUCAAGUUCAGAACGUCUGUCAGUCAGAACCCAUACAGAGCUGUGAAGCACAGAGCCAGAGGUCUGACGUCAUGUAUAGCAUGUUACUGUCCAGACGCUGAGCUCUGACGUCAUGUAUAGCGUGUUACUGUCCAGCCACUGAGCUCUGACGUCAUGUAUAGCAUGUUACUGUCCAGCCACUGAGCUCUGACGUCAUGUAUAGCAUGUUACUGUCCAGCCACUGAGCUCUGACGUCAUGUAUAGCAUGUUACUGUACAGCCACUGAGCUCUGACGUCAUGUAUAGCGUGUUACUGUCCAGCCACUAUGUUUUAAUUUAGAUGCUUAUCAGUGCCCAAAUCUGCCAUUUUCAACCCGUAUACGGGUACGAGUGUAAAGGGCUACAUGUGGAAAUAGGAAAGGUGACAUGAAGAGUGAAUUUGAGGCUAUUUAAAAUCCAGUGCCAUAGCAGCGGACAGUGGGACAGAUGGUCAGGUGGCAGCUCAUCUGUUGGAGCCACAGGAGGAUAGAAGGCCCAGGGCAGAGCCCCAGGGCUGAACCCAGAGCACAGAGCACAAGCACAGACUACAACACGCACGCACACACACACACACACACACACACCAACCUUCAACUCCCACACACACCUUCAUCCUCCACACACACGUUCACCCCACACACACACACACCUUCAUCCUCCAUACACACGUUCACCCCACACGCACACACACAUACAGCCAGGCGAACACUCAAACCAGCCAAUAGACAGUGUUUUACAUAUUUCUUCAUUUUUUGGGGGGUGAUUUCAGGCGUUUCAGUCGCUCCUGGGUUCUCAUUAAAGACAGGGUAAUUGGAUGUGGCGUAACAGACAUAUGGAAAUCGUUCUGCCGUUCAUCAUUAGGCUUUUAAUUGCACCAUUUUGGCCUCCUCCACCUCUUGCUAAAUAAGUCAUAGGGUCUGAAACGGCACCCUAUUCCCUAUAUAGUGCACUGCUUUUGACCAGGGCCCUACUCUUUUGUAUAGUGGUGUUAACAUUGUGUGUUUCUAGGUCGAUGGAUGUCCUGAUCAGUCUGAACCACGGUAAAUCCUUCGUCUCCAGUGCCUUCACCAUCUACGCCACAACAUGUGUGAGUUUAUAUUCUGCCUUUGUCAUGAUUAAAAUCUUUCUUAUUUUCUGUCUGCAGUACAUUAUG